CCGCGUUGGUUCAAGCUCAGCGCAGUUUUUCCCUGCGCAGCGAGACAUAAAGAAACUAUCCCGUCUCUGAGAGGCGGCAAGCUCGCGAUGAUGCUCCUGCUCUGGGCGCUCUGGGUGCUUGCAUUACUGGGCGCGGCCUCCUCUCAAGACGUCGACGCUUCACCUGACAGCAGGAGUCACGUCCCCUCCGUCGACAUCAGCCUCCACAAGUCCUUCGAGUUCACUAAUCUCUUCACUGGCGGCCCCAAGCAGCCUUCCAUGAAGAUCUUGUCGGCGGCAGGCCUGGAGGACCUCAACCGGCUUGCGCAGACGAGACUGGCAGAGAUGGAACAGUACGCCCAGGACGCGCUGACCAGCAAGGUGAUCCUUGCAAGGGCGGAGAUGAACUCGUCGCGGCAGCGCUUCCAGGCUGUCGCGGACCAGGUCGCCAAGGAGGUGGAGGCCCGCACGGCCAGGUUGGAGCAGCAGUGGUUGCAGUUGGCGGUGGCAUCUGGGCACGGCCAGGUGGGGAAGUGCUGCUGCGCUCAGGACGAGGACUGCGUCUGGCACAACUUCGCGGUCGGCGGCGACCGCGACUGCCCCGUGGGCAUGCAAGACUACCGUGACCGGGUGAAGCCCAGCGCCAGGGGGCUCACUUCCUCCGGCGCCGUGGACACCUUGCUGUCACAGUGCGUGCAGUCGACAGGCUGGACGGAGCGCCCGUGGGCGCCGCCCAGGGCGCCCGCCGGCGCCGCGGAGGCCGCCGGGCCCGCCGGGGUGCCCGCCGUGGAGGUGGAGGCCGGGGGCCCUGCGUCGGUGAAGCUGGGUGACGAGGAGAGGACCCCGUGGACGCCGUCCACGUCGAGGUCCACGCAGAGCUCCCGGCCGAGGAGGAAUUGA